AUGUCAUUAACUCCUUCUGAUUACGAUAAAGCUGAACGCAAAUCAUCUUUUAGAAAUUUUAAUUCAGAUGAUCGUUGUCAAUAUUGUAACAAGUUUAAAUCAGAACGUUAUGAUGAAGAAAUUUGUGAAUGUAAUCAAAACAAAGGUUUUCAUCUAAGUCCAAAUACAAAACUAGAAGAAGAUAAAGAGAAGACGCCAAUUCCUAUUAUAAAAGUCCGCGGUAUAGAAUGUGGAAAACUUGAAAAUGGUGCUUUGUAUGCUCAUUUUUCUAUGGCAACACCGGUAAGAAGAAUUGCAGAGUUUAUUAUACAAGAAUGGAACAUUCCAAAACCUAAAUUGAUUAUGUCAAUUAUUGGUGGUGCAAAAAAUUUUACAUUAACCGAUCAAUUUGAAUCAAAUAUUAUUAAUGGAAUUAUUAAAGUUGCUCUUAAAUCAAAUGUAUGGAUGAUUACAAAUGGAUAUAAAGUUGGUAUUGUUCAACUUAUUGGACAAGAAAUUAAUAGAAUUAAAUUAUCAAAAUUCAAUAAAAAUACCAUCAUUGCUAUUGGAAUUGGUAACUGGGGAAGUAUAAAAAAUGUCGAAAUAUUAACAGAUAUGCAGACAGACGAAAAAAAUAAGAAAAAAAAACGUAUACCCAAAAUUUUAGAUAGUGAAAAUGAAGAAGAAGAUGAACUACAAAGUGGUGAAUGUUAUCUUGAAAUGAAUCAUAGUCAUUAUCUUAUGCUAGAUGAUGGAACUUAUCGAUGUUUUGAUACGAAAGAUUAUCGAACAUGUCUAUCUUCUCUUGUUACUAUCGUAGUUGAAGGUGGUGAGGAUACGAUAAGAAAUAUGUAUUCUGAUUUAAAAAACAAAGUUCCUAUUGUUAUUAUUAAGGGCAGUGGUCGUGUUGCUGAUUUUAUGAGUCGUUGGUUAUUGUCUACAAAAGAUUUCAAUGAUGAUUCCGAUGAAGAUAAAGUGAUAUAUGAAAUUGAUGAAUUAUGUACAAGAUAUGCUCCAAUAGAAGUUUUCAACAACAGAGCACAAACAAAAUCGAAAAUAAGAACUGAUAUAUGUGCUGAACUUCAUGUUGAUUCAUCUUCAAAAAAACUUCAUCAACUCUUUAAUAAUUAUAAGAAAAAUCUUGAAAAAGAAUUAAAAAAUGUUUUAAGUGGUGAUAGUGAAAUGAAUAAGGAAAAACGUGAAAAAUCUGAAUCAAAAAAGAAUGAUUUCAAUGGAGAAUUAUUAGUUCUGCUUGAUAAAGUUAUGUAUUGUCUACAACCAGGCCUUCGUCCGCUAAUAAAUAUAUUUGACUUAAAUUCGGAAACCGAUUUAUCAGAGACAAUUUUUGAGGCUAUUUAUAAAUCAUUUAGUAAUUUACCACGAAAUAUUCAAGAAAAACUAACUAAACAAACAUUACUUGAUUUAGCAAUCGAUUGGAAUUGUAUUGAUACAGCCAAAGAAUUCAUUUUUCAGAAUUCAUUAAAACAUAUUCCGCAUUCAGAAGAAGUCUUUAUAAAUGCUUUAACAAAAAAUUCACCAUUAUUUGUAUAUGAAUUUCUUAAAUUAGGUUUUGAUCCAGCUGAUAUAUUCUUUCCAAAAAAUCAAUUUACUGAUGAAGAAAAUCGAUAUAAAGAUUUUUUUAAAAUACUUUAUACACAUGAUUUAGUGAUGCGUGAUGAAACUCAUUUAAAAAAUUUUAUUGACUCUGAUAAAUCUACAAAUGAUAAAAGUAUUAAUAAUGUUAAAUCACUUAAUAGAGUUUUGUAUGGUCUUAUUGGUGAUUAUAUGUAUAAACUUUAUUUUGAUACAGAACAAGCUGAAUAUAACGAUCGAAUAAAAUGGGGAUUAAUAAAAAAUUCAAUAAAAUUCGAACAAAAUAAAAAUAAUAAAUCUCUAUUAAAUGAAGUAAAAAAAGAAAAAGCACAUAAAUAUAUAAUGCGUGAUUUAUUUUUAUGGGCUAUAUUAAUGAAUUAUAUUGAUAUGGCUAAAAUUUUUCUAUGUUAUAUGAAAUAUCGUAUAUGUCCAGCAUUAAUUGCAACAAAAAUUUUAAAACAAUAUCAUUCAAAAGCUAAUUAUGGUGAUUUAAAAGAUCGUUAUAUGGAAAAUGCAAAAUAUUUUGAAAAAUAUGCUAUUGAUUGUUUAAGUAAAUGUGAUGAAUAUGAUGAACGUCGAGCAUGUGAUAUUGCUAUACAACAAAAUGAACUUUAUGGAUAUGUUACUUGUCUUCAAAUUGCAGCUGAUGCUGAUGAUAAAUUAUUUAUUUCAACAUCAUGUUGUUCACAAGCUAUGCAUAAUAUUUGGUAUGACAAACUUCAUCCGAAAAAAACGCUUGCAAAUUAUGGAUUCUUUUUAAUUCUUGGUAUUCUUUCAUGUGGUCUUUUGUCUCCUACUUGUAUCGACUAUCGAGAAGAAGAAAAGGAUGUAGUUGCUGGUGAAUCUCUUAAACCUAUUGUAGAACCAUUUGGCAUAGAUUAUAUUGAUCCAUAUCCACUUGAAUAUCCUCGUUAUUUUAAACAAAAACUUGUAUUUAAUAAAUAUAUACAUCAAUUGCAACAUUUUCAUUUAUCUUUAGUAACGAAAUAUAUUUAUCAUGUAAUAUCUUAUAUAUUUUUUCUAUUACUCUUCUCAUAUGUUCUUCUCUUCGAAUUUUCACCACCAUCGAAUAAAAUUCCAUCAAUUCAUUGGACUGAAAUAUUAACAAUUAUUCUUGUUUCAUGUAUGUUAAUAGAAGAAAUUCAUUAUUUUUUUACUCAAGAUAGUAUAACUAUUUCUGGAAAAAUCAAAAGUUAUUGUCGUGAUCUUUUUAAACCAUUGACUAUGAUUGCAUUUAUUCUUUUCUACAUUGGAUUAAUUCUACGAUUUGUACAUGCAAAUUCUAAAGAGGACUUUGUAGCAGCAAGGAUAGUCAUGGCAUUUGAUAUAGAACUAUGGUGGCUUCGUUGUCUAUCAUUUAUUAUUGUUAUACCAUUUCUUGGACCACAUCUUGUGGCUAUUGGAAAAAUGCUACAAGAUCUUUUAUUCUUUUUAUGUAUUAUUGCAAUUGUUAUGAUUGCAUAUGGUGUUGCAUCUCGUUCAAUUGUUUAUUAUCCAGUAGAAAAUGGUUUUACAACAGAAACAAAUGGUUUUAUAGAUAUUAGUUUUGAUGGUAGAGCUGUUUUUCGUCAGAUUAUAUAUCCUGUUUACUAUUUAUUAUACUCACAAUUUGGUAAUGAAACACAAAAUCUUGAUAGUAAUGUGAAUGCUGGAUGGUCAAUAACAACUCAAGUAUUACUUGCUGCACAUAUGUUAUUCGUUAAUAUGUUACUUUUUAAUCUGCUUAUUGCAAUGCUUAAUAAACGAUUCGAGAAAGUUUAUGAAGAUGCACGAAAUAUUUGGCAUACACAACAAUAUUUAUAUACACGUGAAUAUUUUACACGUUCACCAUUUCUACCACCCAUAAGUCUUUUUUAUGAUAUUUAUUAUUUAAUUCGGAUGUUCGUCUUCUUUAUAAGACGAAAAUUUUUCUAUAAACCAUCAGAUCCUGAAGCUCCAGUAUUCAAAAUGAUUGCAAAAAAUCAAUCUCUCUUAGAUGAUUGGCGUGAAUAUGAAGGUGCAUCAACUUAUGAAUAUGCUCAUGCCGAAGUAAAAGCAUUAAAACCUACAUCGACAAAGUCAUCAAAUGAUUUAAUAGAUACUAUGGAUAGUGUUAAAGAAAUACAAGAAACUGUGAAGAAAUUAAAUUCCGUAAUGGAAGGAAAGAAACUUGGAUCUACGAAUUAA